ACUCCUAAAUCCUAAUCAGUUUUUGACUAAUAAUAUACGGAUCUGCCUCUAUAAAAACAAAGCAAAACCCCAUCGAUCAAUCUCACUUCAAACCCUUCUGCUCCAAAGUUUCAAUCUCUGUUCUGUUCUGUGAUCUGAUCUGAUCUAUUCUGUUCUGUUCUGUUCUGUUCUCCAAUGGCAACAACAAAAUCAGAAACUGCUCAAACAAGCCUUCUCCUUCAACAACAACUUAAAGAUCUGUUGAAGCAUCCAGUGGAAGGUUUCUCUGUGGGUUUAGUAGAUGAAAACAACAUAUAUGAAUGGAGUGUUAAUAUAAUAGGACCAAUGGAUACUCUCUAUGAAUGGGGUUGUUUUAAUGCAAUCAUGAGGUUUCCUGAAGAAUACCCUUUUCGUCCUCCAUCAUUAAAUUUUGUUUCAGAGAUGUGGCAUCCUAAUGUUUAUCCUGAUGGUGAAGUUUGUAUAUCAAUACUUCAUCCUCCUGGUGAAGAUCCUAAUGGCUAUGAACUUGCUAGUGAGAGAUGGUCACCUGUUCUUACUGUUGAAAGUAUAUUAUUGAGUAUUAUUUCUAUGUUAUCGAGUCCUAAUGAUGAAUCUCCUGCAAAUAUUGAAGCUGCUUUGCUGGAGAAAAUAGGGCCCUAAAAGAGAAAAUCAAAAACGAAAAAGGGCAGUCUUUUCCUUUCAGCAUCUCACUAACUAAAUGAAAGGAAAAUGUAAGAAGAGAUCAUCACUGAAAAGAGAUGAAAAUGCUCUUCCAUCUGUACAACAUCAAAGCAGGUAAGCAGGGGGUUUCUCUGUUUCUAACCUAUUUCUGCAGGAGCUUGGAGUGUCCGCCGCUGGUCGAGGUGAGCUUGGAGUGUCCGCCGCUGGUCGAGGUGAGCUUGGAGUGUCCGCCGCUGGUCGAGGAGAGCUUGGAGUGUCCGCCGCUGGUCCAGGAGAGCUUGGAGUGUCCACCGCUGGUCGAGGAGGUUAGGGAUGAUGAAGAAUCACCGAUUUUCGUUUCCAGUGAGGGAGGUUAGGGAUGGGUUUCGAGCGAAGGAGAAUGAAGAGAUGAGGAAGGAAGAGGGAAGU